ACUAAGGCCGUCGAACAGAUUUUUAGGGCUGAACCGUUUGUUUGCUAUAUUAUUUUGUGUUCCUAGUCAAACUGUUUGGAUACCACAACAAAUGUUAUCCUGUCAGAAAACUACUAUGAGUCCUACAGAAAAUGGAACUAUAUCAACUGGAAACAAUGAACUUGACACAAAGUUGGAGGAAUGGUUAAAGUUUAACAAGAACGAUUCGCAGAACGAUGAGGUGAGAGAGUUAAUAGCCAAGAAUGAUGUAUCGACUCUGUCAAAAUUGUUCUUGGAACGCAUGGCGUUCGGCACGGCAGGUCUACGUGGCCGGAUGGGAGUCGGGUUCUCUCAGAUGAAUGAUUUAGUAAUAAUUCAGACAGCUCAAGGUUUGCUUAAGUAUCUGCAGAGGGAACAUGAGGAUCUCUCUACCAGAGGCAUUGUUGUGGGAUACGAUGGACGUCAUAACAGCCGCAGGUUUGCAGAGUUGACUGCCGCAGUGUUUGAGCAGGCUGGCGUCAAAGUAAACCUGUUUGCUGAGGUUUGUCCGACUCCGUUUGUCCCGUUCGCCGUAACUCAUUGCCACCAUGUGGUCGGGGUAAUGGUCACUGCUUCACACAAUCCCAAGGAAGACAACGGCUACAAGGUGUACGGACCCCUGGGUACACAGAUCAUCUCUCCGGUGGACAAAGAGAUCCAGAAGUGUAUUUUGGACAGCCUGGAGCCUCAAAUCAGCUGGGAUGUGACGCUGUCAGCUGAUACGCUGGACCAGACACAGCUGACGGUGACACAGGAUGCUUACUACGCAGUACUCAAGGCAGGGGUGUAUAACGCAUCAGCCAACGCAGAGUCCCCACUCAACGUAACAUACACUGCAAUGCAUGGUGUGGGCUACCCUUACGUCUGCAGGGCGUUUGAAGUAGCUAACUUCAAGCCAGUGAUCCCAGUGAAGGAACAGGUGGAGCCGGAUCCUGAGUUUCCUACAGUCAAGUUCCCAAACCCCGAGGAAGGCAAGAGUGCCCUGACUCUGGCCAUCAGGACGGCCAAUGAACAUGGAAGCACCAUCAUUGUGGCCAAUGACCCAGAUGCAGACAGACUGGCAGUGGCGGAGAAAACAAGACAGGGUGAGUGGAAGGUGUUUACUGGCAAUGAGCUUGGAGCAUUGUUGGGCUGGUGGAGCCUCUACACCUACCAGAGACGGAACCCUAACACUGACUUGAGCAAUGUAUACAUGAUAUCCAGCACUGUGUCUUCGAAAAUACUCAAGACCAUGGCCAAGCAGGAGAAAUUCAACUUUGAGGAAACUCUGACAGGAUUCAAAUGGAUGGGAACACGAAGUGCAGAGUUGGAGGCGCAAGGCAAGACAGUGUUGUAUGCCUUCGAGGAGUCUAUCGGCUAUAUGUGUGGCACUGGUGUGUUGGACAAAGAUGGUGUAUCAGCAGCAGUCAGAGUCACCGAGUUAGCAACCUUCCUCAGCAGCAACCAGGGGCUGACACUGCACGAGAAACUCAACUAUAUAUACUCCUUCUACGGUUACCACAUCUCUGAAAACUCAUACUUCAUCUGCCAUGAACCAGAAGUAAUCAAGAAAAUGUUUGAGCGUUUAAGAAAUUUUGGUGACACUCCUAACAAUUACCCAGAAGGUCUGUUGGCCAACAAGUACCAGGUGGUUUCUGUCCGUGAUCUGACGACGGGUUACGACUCCACGACGCCGGACCACAAGGCUACCCUUCCUGUGUCUAAGUCAAGCCAGAUGAUUACCUUCACAUUCAACAACGGACUGGUGGCGACAUUGAGGACCAGCGGCACUGAGCCCAAGAUCAAAUACUACACGGAACUGUGUGCCUCGCCUCAGCUCAAAGAUAUAGAUGAAGUAAAGGCAGUUCUGAAGGAGAUGGUAAAUGCCAUCAUUGAAGAGUGGUUCCAGCCAAAACUAAACAACCUGAUUGCUAAGUCUGGCUGAACAAAAUUGCCAUAGCGACGCUUACCCUGUCCUAAGUUAUUUGUUGAUGUAGCUCCUAAGCUGUACUAACUGUACUUUGUACAUUUAAGGGUUCCCACACCCAUAAGAAGUCUGCUGGAUUGACCCACUUUAAAUAACUAGAAAGUAAAAUUACAGUUUAGGAGAGCUUAACUUAAAUUUAUUUUAACCUGCAAAGAAAGGUUUAAAUACUCUGACUGCUUUUUGACAGGACCUUUGAAAUAGUUUACUACAUUUUUUAACAUACUACAACAAGUUUUAGGGAAUAUUUAUUUGACAAUAUGCAUACAGAAGAACCUUCUUGCCUUAGGUUGAAAAAGACUUUAUAUUAGUCACUAGUGUUUCCAUAUUUUAAAUUUAGUGUUUGUUGGAUUAAUUUAUCUUUGAGGGGUAAAAUUUUGGUUUUUCUAAAUUUAAUUUUUCCUCCUCUCAUUGUUUUUUUUGGGUCAGAAAGUUGAGUGUCUGCACCCAUCUGGCAUAUCUUGAAAACUCCUAACUUAUAACUGAUUUUAAGAGUUAGCAGUUUUAAAGAUUGGACAAGAAAAGUAAAUAAAACAUUUUUAAGAUAUUUAACCCCAUUCAUAAAACUUAAUUAUGUGGGGACCCUUAAAAAAAUGUGUUCCUUUUUGUUUUAAAUUUGUCUUUGUGUUAACUGCAAAAGUAUUACCUUAUACUUUUCUAUUUUAUUGUUGUUGCUCAUCAGGAUAAGUGAAUAGCUACGUUCUGACAAACUAUUAAUUUGAAUUCUAACAUUUAGCUUUCAUCACAAAACAAAUUUACCUGACAAUAAAGUUGCCUUUUCAGGUGAUACUCCAUUAGCCAUUUCACUAUUUAAACAUAUCUAUGUUUAUAUUUGCUCACUAUGUUGGUCUAGGUGCAUAUAAUUCAUUUCUAAGAAGUUGUGCAAAUGCCAAGACACACCACACAGACGCCAGUCAUUGAAUUUAAAUUAACAGGUAAUAACAAGACUAUCAGUUAAGUAUUAUAACCAAGAUUUUGCUGAAUUUGGCAUGUACCCAAACUCAACACAAAUGCCGCGAGUUAUGUAUUUAUGUAUGUAUUUUCCAGUCGGGUUCUGGAAUUUGAUAUAUAAACCAUAGUAUAUUCAGGAUUUUUUUUUUAAUGGCGAUUGACCCUAUUUAACACAUCAGAAAAAAGUUUCUCAAAAACACCUCUUACAAAGUCAGAUUAAAUUUGUUGGUUUAGUUUUACUCAAAAUAUUUACUGUGAACUUAACUAAUCACAACUGUGUAAGAACGUUCGUCCAGAAGUUAUUGCUUUUUUUAAAUAUAGUAAACCAACCUAAUGAAAAAUUGAGGUUAAUAAUUUAAAAUGAGCAUAAGGACCUGUGAUGGUAAAAUACUUGUUAUUAGCAGGCAUAGCUGAAUGAGAAAGAGUUCCUAAUUGCAUAAUAAACACAAACACUCAAGACUCACACAAAUUAAACAGUCACUGACUGCAAUUUCAAACGAAAAACAGGCUUCCUUCCAAUUAAUAAUAUAUUAAUAAGUUAUUAAUAUAGCUAAGAAUUAUAUCAACAUCAUUAUUUUGACAAAUUGAAAUUUUCAUUAGUUUUUUUGUGAGUGUUUAAAAACUGUUCUUUUACGUUUGCAGAAGAAUUGUAUGAUCUAUAAUUAAAAGCUUUAGAUUUAUGCCUGAGGAGAAGAAAGUAUGGUCAGUUUCUGAAACUGUUUAUUUUUCACUUGAUUUUUUUCUUUACACAAAAAAUACAAAACCAAUAAAAUUAAUAAUUAGAAACACAAUUCUGUAGUUUACACCUUUUUUUGUGUUUUAGACACAGUUUUUGUAGUUUCUAUUUCCAGUAGCAGUCCCAGGUAGGGAUUGGGUGAUUCGCCCCCCCCCCCCCCCACUAAAUGUCAGGGUGGACCCUUUUUUGGCCUGAACGUUUUUAGGCUUUACAUUACCAGGUAGAAGAGGGGCAUCCCUCCCCUGAAAUUGAAUCCUGAGGCUACCAUAGAGACCAACUAUUUGUUUAACACUUGCACUGUUGCAAGCAGCUUUUCUAGUAAUGUUUAGAACAUUGCGUAGAAAUUUAUUAUCAGUUUAUUUGUUUGGAGUUUAUUUUUUUAUUAUAAAAUUGAGUUACUGUCAAAUUUUAACUGCUACCCAACUAAUUAUACUUCAUAUUUUUAUAUAGCCUAAUUAGAUUUUUCUUUUUAUGAAACAUAAAUUGACAAUCAUAUUUUUAUACAAAGCCCUAGGUACAAUGCAUUUAUUGCAUUACUAUCAAGGACUUUACUUUAUUUUAUGUUAUGCUAUUAACCUUUAGAAAUAUAUUAUUUCUCUUGUACAACUUCUGGUUGAUAGGCUCACCUCCCUAGUGGAAUACAAGCUACUCAUGGGUGAGGGGUGCAAACAUUACCUAAUAUUAAUACUGUUGACUGUGAAAGGGGGGGGGGGGUAAGGAUAGGAUUGUUCCCUUAUCAGAAGGAAGAGUUCAUUUCUAUAGUUUUUAGUUUUUAACUUUAAUAAUAUAAUGUGUAUGGAUCAAAAUUACUAACUUUGCAGCCUAAAAUGAAUUUCAUACCAUUAUUUUUAACCAUUAUUUGAUUUUACUAUAAUAUUUUCAUGGAUUAGAAAACAAUGCUAUUUUAAUUUAUGAUGCUUGUCGUGUUUGUUUAAAUUCUGUCAUAAUUGUUAUAGUUAUUAUAAAUUAUGUCAAUGUGUAUAGUGUAUAGUAUUUAUUUAUAUUUAUAUAUAUAUUUGUCAUCCAUUGUGUAAUAGUAUUAAAAUUAAUGAGCAAAGAUAAUUGAGUUCAAAUGCUAUUAGUGCUUUUAAUAUCAUUUAAAAUUUUUUUUUAAAUAAAUUUGUUCACGGUAGGCUACGGUACCUACUACUCGUAUUAUUGAUUAAAUAUAACAUGUUAAAGUAAAUAUGCGCCAAGGGACUAAUGGAAAGUUUUGCAGGCUCAAGACGGUGUUUUUUUAACUUCAUCUAGUCAAUCUGAAAAGGUCUAGAGCUUUGGUUGAAACUUGUGGACUAUAGUUUAUUAGUUUACAUUGUUUUAUCCAAAUAUAGUAGUAGCAAGUCAGUGAUUCACAAGACUUAGGAUUUCUGGCAACCACUUGUUGAGUGCUUUUUUCAAAUCAUUAUUGUAAUAACAACAAUAGCAGUGUGGUAGAAAAUUUUUAGAAAAGUUAUUUAUUACUUUAAAAUUGUACCGAUAAUACAAAGUUUUUUUUCUUUAUUAGGUACAUUUACUUUUUCUAGUAUCCAAUAGUCAAUGCUACUAUGAACUCUUGACAGUAUCUAAAAGUGAACAGAUACUUGCAUUAGUCCAUACAAAAUUGAUUGAUUAAUUAUUUUAAAAAAUUAAUUUAAUUAUUUAAAAUUAUUUAAUUUGCAGUUUAAUUUUUAGACAAGCACAUUACAAGGAACGUAGAGUUUGGAUCGGACUCACGGUUUUGAACUCAUCCUCGUAAUUAUACCAUGUUACAUAUCUGAAAUGAAUUAAUCUAUUUUAUUACUUAUGUUCUCUACAUUCCUCAUUGAUGUUGGCAUUUAGAAGAGAUAAGCUGUUUUAGGAUGUUAAUAAAUUGUUGUUGAAAA